AAGGGAACUCGCGGGACAGUUUAACGAAGGCAACGGUCGUGAGCGCAUCGCGUAGCGAUGGAAAGUGCGCAUCCUUGAUGGACAUUUUUACGCGCCGACACGUCGCAUUUCAUAUUCUGUUCGGAAGAAAGUGAUCCUUAAUUUCACAAUUAGGAUGAGAAUUAGAAUUAAAUUCCAAGUUUAUCGUUAAACUUCCAGAAAUUGCAAAUGCGUCCUUGAAGCUUACAUAGGUGAAGUUAAACUAAAAGUACAUCGUAAUUUCGAUACAGACAAGACUCUUGAUUGUUCAACGGCCCAGUUUUCCAGAGAAAUCAAGUGAACAAAUGAAAAUUUGUGUGGGAUAAUGCCAUUUAAUUGUUAAGACCGAAAAGGGACUGAGAAAUAACUUCGAUGUGCUGGCAUAUUUUUGAAAUUUGUGCAGAAAGAUGUGUAAAAAGGUUUGCAGAUUAACAUACGAAAUUGACUCACCGCCGACGCAAAUAGUGAACCUCGCAUUGGAGACUUGGCGAUCUCCUGUUUAUAAGCGAGAAGAUACACGUCGUUCGAUGAGAUAGCGACGAACAGAAAUCAUGGCUCAGCCAGCUGAAUCGGUGCCGGUGCAUUGCUACACGAAUCCAUCAUUCUGCCGUCAAUCGGAGUACAUCCCGGACGAUCAUGUUAACGACCUGCCGCCGCCGCCGCCGCAGCAGUUUCAAGGAAGCGACGAUUUACCGCCGCCUCCGCCGCCGUUGCAAUUGCAAUGUCACGCCGCGGGUCAGAGCAAUCCGGCCUUCCAAGCCCCGGCGGAGACAACGCUGGACGUUGUCUGCGAGCCGCGGGACCGGUAUUGUUAUCUGGAGGGUAACAGGGCCCCCACGCACCGGAGAUACGCCAGUCUUCCGGCGGAGGAGACUCGCGUGACUUACAGCCAGUCCUCGCGAUAUGAAUACAUAGAGCAGGACGAGGCGGAGAGCAACCAGUUGCCGCGCAGGAACUCGUCGAGGUACGAGUUGAUUCCACGCCAGCAGGUGCAACAACGUUCCGCGCCGGCGACCAACCAAGACGAUCGAGGAGGGCCGCAGACGCGGACGUGUCGCGGCAAUGCCGGUAGAUACGCUCUUAUACCGGGUGACCAAGUCUAUCAAGAAGACGGUUCGCAGUGGAGCAAUGCGAAAUCGACGCCUCGACAUAUCACUACUCCGCAGGGCCGUUACAUCAGAGUACCUUUGCAAGAGGAGAUUCCGCCGGCACUUCCCGAGAGAAACGCGCACGGGCUCUCGGUAUCGCCAAAGAAUAACUUAGCCACGCAGAAACUACAUGAAAUAUUAUCCACACCCAGGAAACCGAGAUCCAGAUCCGAAGAGAGGACACUGUCGCCAAAGAGACAACAAUCAUUCAAUCAAACCGUCACACCGCAACGAAGGGCACUCACUCCUGGCGGAUCUCCAAAUGGUCGUACCUUCAGUCCAACGCGCACAACUCCUCACGGCACACCUCACCGUGCCUUCUCGCCGACGGGACCUCAGACUUCGACGCCUAACAAGGAAUCCUCAGCUCGCAGAUGUCUUCCUCUGCUGGAGAACUCAUCCCGGCAGCAGGAUCUUUGUCCAGCUAAUAAUUGCGGCCGGCUACGUUACGUUGGCACCGCGCCGGUCGAUUUAAUGAACAUGAGCCAUGAACCGCCACCUCGCUACGCUUAUACGGAAAGCGGCCUCGAGUCCAUGCCGAUGAUGUCCGGAUCUCCCAAGUAUCAGGUGGUGCCCGCCGAGCAGAAGAAUUAUCAAAGCGUAGAAAGCGCGUUUAUGGCACGAACCGCCGUUGUACCGCCGUUAUCUCCUCCGAAUAGCGACGCGAAUACGACGCUGGCGAGCGGCAUGGAGAAAAAUGACAGAAGGAGCGCACCGAUUCUUUUGAUAUUGGUCGGUCUUCUCACAUGCGGCCUCGCCCUGUACCUGUCUUGGUCGCAAGGGAGAAGAUACUACUUUGAUAGCGCAGUCGGCUGCGGUGCCUGUUGCGCUCUAGCAGGUGCAUGCAGAAGUCUGCGAAAGACCUGGACAGGACUUGGUCUGGCUGGACUGUCGGCACUGAGCUGUGCUGGUCUUCUGCUGCUCGCCGCUAAAUCCCCGAGGGACGGCACACCCCUUCACGAUAUUACAGCUGGCGCCCUGUGCGGCGUGUCGGUCUUAGGAGCGGGUUUAGCUUUAUUGGCUCUUCUGAAGCCGAAAUGCAAUCUCGGACGUCAUAGACGAGUGCAUUCUUGGAUACCACGGUUCUCUCCUUAAGUCCUAGUGCCAUUCUGGCAACCGUUAAACAUAAUGAUAGUUAUAUUUACUUCAGAAUUGUCUUUCCAAAAGGAGGAUAUGUAUAAAUGCUACCGUAAGGCAAUUGAAGCAUAUACAGUAAAUAUUCUUGCCAUAUAAUCGGAAAAUUGUAUUUUAUAUUUUUAUAAAUAUCGAGAUAAAGUGAGAUGUGAAGAAUAUUUUACUUAGAGUAUACUCCUGAAAAUUGUGCUGCGACUGAAAGUGCACGAUAGUUUUUUUUCAAAGAUAUUUAUUAAAAUUAAUUAAUCUUCUUGUAAUCUUGAGCAAUCGAAUGUUAGCUUUUUAUUUGAUCAAGUACGCGUAAUGAAAUCUGAGCGAAAAAUUCAGAAUGUAUAGAAAAUGGAUUAUUGGUAUUCAUAAGUACUAUUAAACAAAUAGCUUAUAAGGACUAUUGUCCAUGCUUCUAAGAUUUUAUUCUAUUGAAAUUCGUAAAUUCCUUCAACAUUUUUUCUCCUUAAAUAUAAUUUUUAUGCCUACAUGUUUUUCAAAUUUAUUCUCACGUUUUACUUGUUUAGCAUGGAUAUACUAGGAACCAUCGAUGCCUUCCCACAUGAAUUUGUGCACAAUCGACACAUUUAUACAUUUUGUGUAUACAUACGUAGAAAAUGUAUAUGUGUUCUACCUGUUCUACCUAAAUUCAUAUGAGAAGGCAUCAGUAAUUCCUAGUUUACAACUAUUAAGACUCAUAGAUUUUUAUAGAUAUAAAUAAUUUAAGAACUAUUAACAUUUAAGAUAAAUUAUGUACUUAUUAACAUCGUUACGCUAUAACGCACGAGGCAGCUUUGUAAAUGAUGCCUUCAAAUCGUACAAAGAUUUAAAUUGAAGUUGUAAGAAGCGACUUAUUUUUUUAAAUUAUUUUGUAUGAAAUACUUUGUAGAAAAUAAAAAUUACGUGAAACUAUAUU